AUGGCUUACACCGAAAAGGAAACAGGAGAACAACAGGAGACUGCCACAAAGAGAGAAAAUUCGGUGGGCAAGACCUCUGCUAAGGAAGUGGUAGAGUCAGGUCAGUUUGAGGCAGAUACAGAGAGUGAGGACCUACCGAACAUCAGGACCCCCAGUGUGAUCUACGUGAGCCCCUUCAGCAGUUCAGUAGAUGGCUGGCGGACUUCCAGACCCUCGCAGAACUUCGACCCCAACACCCAUGACCCACAUGUUCCUGUUGGCCUGCCUUCUGAGGCAUCGCAUCCUCUCCCCAUCUACAAUACACGCACCAUUAAGACCUCUUAUAUUUCACAUCGGACGUCCAUCAUUAAAGUGCGGCCCUUUGUUCAUGGAGAAGACCUGUCAGACUCUCGGUUCAUGUGCUGGUCAGACAUACCACGCAAGCUGCUGAUACUACUGAUAAUCAUUUGUUUGUUAAUCGCACUGACUCUGGUUCUAGGAAUUGGACUUGGCGUGCGUGUGAGUGGGAGGCACUCCAUCCUGCAGAUUCACAGUAAAGGAAUAUGGAGCUCGGUGUGCUGGGAGAACUGGAGUGCCAGUCUGGGAUUUUCUGCCUGCAAACAGCUCGGAUACAACAGUUAUGUGAAUUCCACUUCGAUUCCUUUCUCUUCUGUCGAGUCAGCGUUCAAGAAAAGCAUAGUGUCGAUAAGUUCCCGCUUUCCGAUACAUCACCAAACCUUCAAAAUUCACAACAGCUCCAUUCUCAGAACGGUUGGAUGCACAUCUGGGUUGCUCACGGUUCUUAAAUGUAUAGAGUGUGGUACCAGACCUGGUUUCAGGACCCGGAUUGUUGGGGGAAAUCUAUCUUUCUCUGGGCAGUACCCGUGGCAGGUCAGUUUGCAGUACCAAAACCUGUUUCUCUGUGGAGGAUCCCUAAUAACCAACCAGUGGAUAGUUACUGCAGCACACUGUGUAUAUGGCUUUGCAAAUCCAAAUUUAUGGACGGUUCGGGUGGGCAUCACAGAGCAGCCUGUGAGUGGAGCAGCAGAUUUCUCUGUGAUGAAAAUCUUCUUCAAUAGUGCAUAUCAUCCAGAAAGCCUCAGUUAUGAUAUCGCUCUCGUUAGACUAAAGCAGCCACUCUCAUUCAAUGGUCAAAUACAGCCUAUCUGUCUGCCUAAUUACGAUGAAGGAUUCAGUUCCAUGUGCUGGAUAUCAGGAUGGGGAGCCACAAAAGUAAGGGGAGAGGUAAGUGUGGCGCUACACUCUGCUCUGGUUCCUCUCCUCUCUAUUGAAGAAUGUGGAAUCCCAGGACUUUCAGCGUGGAACAUAUGUGCUGGGUAUCUGUCAGGUGGAGCAGGAACAUGCCAGGGGGACAGUGGGGGUCCACUGGCCUGUCAAGGCUCUGUGUGGAAGCUGGCAGGAGCAGCAAGCUGGGCUCAGGGCUGUGGAAAACUGAACAACCCAGGAGUUUACACCAGUGUAACCUACGCUCUUCCAUGGAUACACCAGACUAUGGAGAAAGAAGAGGAACAAAUCAUAUGAGCAGCAUUUCUGCACAGACCACUAAAUUCUCUUCAUCUCUUCAUCUGUUGGAAGUGUACCAGCACUCUGACAUGGAUUGGGCUGUUUUACGGAACAGUUACACAAGCUAAACUGAGGCACAAUCCCACUUUAUAUGCUUUAUGAGCACUAAAGCUGUUUUGCUGUGUGCUGCAAAUGUGAGUAUUAGCAUAGUUUUAAGUUCCUAAAAUGUAUGAGUAAUAUAUUGUACUUCUAUAUUUAUUUAUUGCAUCCACACAUUUGUUUCUAUUUAUUUUUUCCUUCAUAACUAAAGGUCAGAUCUUGAACACUUGCCAGUUUUUGUAGUAGAAUCAAAGACAAAAACAAAAUGUCUUUCAGGAGAGAGUACAGACAUACAGCAGAGGUUGGCA